AUGGACGUCCAAGUAGAUUUGACCCAAGAAUGUAUUAUGUGCAUCUACAGCAAGCCCUUACAGCAGAAGAGAAGGUGUUUUUUCCAAAUAACAGAAAGUACAGAGCAUAACUACAGGCAAAAUAAGAAAUACACUGUUGGGGGCAGUGUGAGCGGGUCAGUGCAAGUUUGUGAGACCACCGACUGUUGCGUGGGCUACUACCGGAUCAUUAACGGCACACCAAAAGCUGACGUUCUUGCUUGUGACAGGAUUGAAAAGUCAUGCCCAGAUGAAACCUGCAAGGCACAACCACGCAUCAACAAUCAAUUCUUGACGUGCAUGUGCAGCACAGACCUCUGCAAUGGCAACAUUACUUGGGGAAAAGAACAGACUUCACACCCUUACUCUUAUUUUUCAGUUGUCUUCAUGAAAAAGGCUGUGAAACCUCUGGUUGGGAUUUUGCUAUUUAUGUGUUUCUGGAUUGUUGCUGCUCAAUGGAGAAGUUGCCUGGAGAAGUGGAGAAAGAAGAAUCUAAAGUCCCCCAGUCAUGAUUACCACGUCCGACCCUCCUGUUCCUGCCAAAUGACAAAAACCUCUGAGAUCGACAUCAGUCAGAUCGAGCUACAGCAGAUUGUGGGCCGAGGGCAUUUUGCAACUGUUUUUCAAGGGACAUACCAGGGCUCUGUGGUGGCUGUUAAAAUUUUACCUGCAGCCUAUGAACAUAAUUUUAACACAGAAAAGGAGAUUUAUGAGCUACUGCUGUUAAAGCAUACUAGCAUUGUGAACUUUCUCGGUGCUGGGAGGAAACCAGAUGACAAAAGCUGGUUCAUCGUGCUGCAGUUUGCUGAAUAUGGAUCUCUUCAUUCCUUUUUGUCUGAGCAAACCACAAGCUGGAUGUUCUCACUGAACCUGUGCCAGUCGCUAUCGCAGGGACUUUCCUAUCUCCACUCUGACCUUCUCAGCCAUGAUUUGCACAAACCUCCUGUGGCCCACAGAGAUCUCAGCAGCUCCAACGUGCUGGUGAGGGCGGAUGGUACCUGUGCCCUGUGUGAUUUUGGAUGCUCCACCAUUCUGCGUUCUUGUUCAGAGCCUUACCGCAGGCACAACCAGAAUAAAAACAUGAAGUGUAUUGAACUGGGCACGCUGCACUACAUGGCUCCUGAGAUCCUGGAAGGCUUUGUGAACCUGAACGAAAGCAUGUUUCUCAUGCAGGGUGACGUUUACGCUUUGGGUCUGCUGCUGUGGGAGAUCUGGGUGCGCUGCUCUGAUUUAUUUGAAGGCGGAGCUGCACCACAGCAUCUUUUGCCAUAUGAACUAGAGCUGGGAAGCAAUGUAACACUGGAGAGCCUCAUGCUGUACGUGUCCUACAUGGACAAAAGACCCUGUAUACCUGAACACUGGGAACUGCUACCACAGGGAGCUGCGCUGAGGGAGCUCCUGGAGGAUUGCUGGGACAGUGAUUCAGAAGCCCGACUGACAGCUCACAGUGUUGUGGAAAGAAUAACCUCUCUUCAGUCUUCUUACUCUCUGUGA